AUGAAAGAUGGAGAGACAUUGGUCUCUUCAGGCCAAAGCUUUGAGCUUGGCUUCUUCUCUCCUGGAAGCUCCAAGAAAAGGUACUUGGGGAUAUGGUACAAGAUCACUCCUGAAACAGUAGUUUGGGUGGCUAACGGAGACAACCCGCUGACCAAUUCGAGUCGUGUUCUCACAUUUGGCCAUGAGGGGAAUCUAGCUCUUCUGAACCAAUCGAAGGGUGUUGUUUGGUCUUCGAAUUCAUCUGGGGUCCUAACCAAUCCUGUUGCACAGCUCCUGGAGUCUGGAAACCUUGUUCUUUGGGAUAACAUCAGUUUGAUUCCCCGUGAUGCCUAUUCAUGGCAAAGCUUUCAUUACCCCUGCGACACGCUUUUAUCCGACGAUCAAGGGCUGCCACAAGUUGUUAUACUCAGGAACGGUUCAACAAGGACAUAUUGGAGUGGCGUGUGGAAUGGAGUCGAGUUCAGCAGUCUCUCAGUAGCUGCGAAUUCCAUCUCGAGGAAAAUGUUGGUCGACAACCAGAUGGAUGUGCAUCAUGGUGGAGGAAUUCUGUCCAACUGUCAUUAUCCGGUGACCCUCUUUGUCAAGGGUUGA